CAGCCUGACAGGCCUUCCAUACUUCCAUAAGGUUCUCGGACGGAGGCGCGGCAAUGCUACGCAGCUGGAGCAUCUGUAGUGACGGCAGCGGCCGCAUUGUCGAGGUCCCUGUCACCAUGCCCACUUCCGUGCCCCCACGGAGCAGGCGAGGGGCAGCCCAUUCCACCCCAUCCUCCCCUGUUAGCUCCGACGAUGAGGGGGCCGGCAAGUCUUCCACUUUCUCUUUGAUCUCGCCAAGUUUUCAUCAGAGUUUCUCAGAUUUCCACCGCAAGGAGCAAGAGGAAGAAGCAACACCAGCUAACGGGGGAUCAGCCAUCCCUCAGAGGAUUAAACACCAUAGUGGUGAACACUUUGAUGGCACACAAAAGAAAAAUAAGUCACCUAUGGAAGAUAAUCUGUCAGCGUGGGAAGAAUGGUUUCUUUGCAAAGAGAAGGAGCUGCGUGCUCGCUUACAAGCACGAGCUUUGGAGGAGUUGAACAUAGAAAUGGAGAAGAAGAAGGAAAAACAGGAACGUGAGAAGAAAAAACUGAUUGCGGAAGAGAAACACAAAGAAUGGGUCCAGAAAAAAAAUGAAGAGGUGAAAAGGGAAAAAAGAGAAAAGGAGCGUAAGCUCAGUAAGGAGAUGGCAGAAAAAACUGCUAAAGAACUUGAGAGAGCACAGUCAAAAGAAAAAGCAAAAGAAAUGUAUGAAGAAUGGCUAAAGAAAAAGAAAAUGGAAGACGUUCAGAAGAAGAAGAAAGAGAAGGAGAAGGAACGGCAAAAGGAAGCUGAAUUACAGGAGAAAAAAGAAAAAUCAGAGAGGAUGUUCAAAGAAUGGCUGCAAAAUUCUAGAACUAAGAUCCGCCCAGCAUCAGCUGACUAUGUCUAUGCCAAUGGGAAACUGACUGGAUAUCCAGAUGGAAAUGCCUAUCCAGCGCCAGCCUUUUACAACCCCAUACCUUGGAAGCCAAUACAUGCACCUCAUCCUAAGGAAGAGAAGUAUGUUUCAGUGAAGAAAAAUAAGAGGCCUAUAUCCAGUAAUACAUAUAGACCUUCAGUGCUUUUUCAUAAAUCAAAGAACAAUCUUUAUAUUGGACCAUUGUGCAGAAUUCAGAGAUAGCACAGCACAGGAUUUUAAAAAAUCCAUGUAGGCCCCAUAUUGUAAUUUCAUAAAUUGUGUUAUUAAGUCUAAGAUUUUUAGGCAUCUAUGAUUUAUUAACAUUUAGCAAAUGUUUCUGAUUAUAUCUUGUUAAAAUAAAGCACCAUUCUAAUGUUUAAUGUAUUUUAUAUGUAAUGUGAUCUAUAUCUGAACAAUAAAAAGUAAUUGUUUUCA